AUAAUAGCGAGUGAGGAAAUCAUUUGAAAUAAUUCGGCAGAUAGUAGGAUUACACACAUGGAUUUGAUUGAUAAUAACUUGCAGACUUGGUCAAACGAAGUAAUGGAAAUGGAAGUCAUCUGUCUUUCUUCUGAUGAUGAAUUAAACUCACAAAAGGAAAAUAUAAAAAAUAAAUCUGUUAUCAAUUCUACAGAAAUUGUCAAAACUGCUAAUAAGUUAGAAGUUUUAACCAGCGAUGAUGAGAAAAUAGAAGAAAAUAAUCGAAAACGAAAAUUAUCACAGAUAAAUAAAGAAGAGAUAAUUCAUAAUAAAACAGAGAAGAAAAAAAAGUUAGACAUAAAUCAAGAUACGUCAAAGAUGAUAAAAACAGCUAUACCUGAACCUAAGCUCUGUUUGAAAUCUGAUAUAUCUAAGGUACAUCCUGUUGCUGAAUCUGAUUAUACAACAAAUAAAGAUAAAAAAGUAAUUGAAACAAAUUUGUUUGAGAUAGACAGGACAUCAUAUAUUACAUAUAAUAGCUUUCCUUCAUUUCUAAGUUUGUGUCUUCAAAACACUCAAGGUGAUGAAAAGAAAGAUAUGGAAAUAAUAGUUAAUAAAUUAAAAAGACGUUAUGAUCUCUUGGAACCAGCUUAUAUUGGUUCAAAAAGUUUUGAUUUAUUUAUAAAUGAAAAGCGUGAAGCUAUUACGAAGAAUGACAAACGAAAGUAUCUGCUCAUAGAAGAAGUCAUGAACGAGAUGAAGAGAAGUAUUAGAAAGAAACCUAAAGCUGACGAGUAUGAUGCAGUUCCUUCUACUUCUUAUGCUGCAAAUAAUUUAAAAUCAAAUAAUAAUAUAACAGAGUCAGAUUGUGAAGAUGAUAUCGCAAUAAAUGUAAGCUCUAAAACGAAAAGAAAAAUUAAGCAAGUAUUACAUGCCAUGAAAAAAUGUGAGGCAGCAAUAAAAAAGUUAGAAGAAGUAGAAGUUGAUUUUAACGAAGAGAAUGAUAGUAGUUAUAUAAAAGUUGAAAAAUAUAAACAAAGAAUGGUGGAACUAUAUAAUAAACAUUGCGAGUUAACAGGAGAUAAUACUGAUGCAGGACGUGCAUACUUGCGUCCUAAACAUGUGAACCCGACUCGGAUUCCUGCUGUAGAUCAUGCGAUAACACUCUUUAUUAAUGAUAAAAUUACAAAACGAAAUGAAAUGAAAAAAGUGGGAGCUCUUCCAAAUGAUUUAAUAUUUCCUGAUUACAGGGACAUUCUAAAUUGUGUUACUAGGAGCAAUGAUACGAAAAAUUUAGGUCUAGAAAAGAGAAAAUUAGAACAAUUGGCAAAGAAAGCUUUUCAAGAACUAGGAGAACACUUACAACGGUCAAGACAAAAUGAUUAUUGGGAUACUUUUUCUUUAUAUCUUGAUAAUGCGAAAGAAGAUCCAGCUGUAAAAGAUCAAGCCUUAGCAAGGAAAUUAGCUGAUAAUCGAAUGGAAGGUGAAAAAAGAUUGGCUGCCGUAUUUGAGAAAUAUGCACAACAGCAAAAGGAAAUAAAGGAGCAAGAUAAUGAUGAUGAAACUGCUUCAGAGGAGGAAGUGGAGGAGGAGGAGGAGGAGGAGGAGGACGACGACGACGACGACGACGACGACGACGACGAGGAGGAAGAGGAAGAAGAAGUAGAGGAGGAGGAGGAGGACGAGGAAGUGAAGGAGGAGAAGAAGAAGAAGGAGAAGGAGAAAAAAGAUGAAAAGGGAGAGGAAAGUAUUGUAAAUGAUGAAGAUAAGAGCCAAAAUAAUGUUCCCGUAAUUAGUUUGAGCGAUGAGGAUAAUGUCACUGAGGACAUAGAUAAAACAAUAGAGGAUAUAGCUAAAAUAAUCAAGAAGAAGAAAUUUAUAGAAAAGGACAAAAAUAAUAUAAAUAUAGUAAAUCAGGACAUAGAUAUUUUAAAUAAAACUUCAGCAGACAAAUCUCCAGAGCAAUGUGAUGAAAAGGUUAAAAUAGUUUCUGCAGAAAAGAGCGACGUGAUAUCUGAGAAUGAGACAUUUAAUAACACGGAACACAAUCCAUCUAUUAAUAAUAACACUGUGGAUUCGAAAAUACAAAAGGAUUUGUUACCAACAUCUACGACGAACUGUGAAAAUAAUAUUAAUAGGACUGAAGAGAAUCUAACUGAAGCGGUAAUGCAGGACGCACCGAAAGUAAUAACAUGUUCUAUGGAGGAGGUGGUGACAAGGGAUAUAGCAGAUGCAACUACUACGGAUGUAGCAAAUAUAAAUAAGGAUGCAGCGGAAAUGAUAACAGGUAAUGGACCAGAGACGAUAGGUGGUGAAAACGAUGUAAUAGAUAAAGUAGAAAUAACGGAGACAGAUAUGACAGAGACGACAGAUGUGACAGAUACGACGGAUGUAAUAAUCGAGAAUGUGCCGAGUGGAAAUCAAUCGGAAGAAGAAAAGAAACCUUUGUUACGAGUUCGUUCAUUUGCUAAACCUCCCACGACUUGGAAGGACAAUCAGCACAACGCGAAUAAGGCUGUCCAAGAAAACGUACCAAAAAUAAUAAACCAAAUGGAAGAAGUAAUUGAUUUGACUGAUGAAACGACGACGAGAGCGUUGACCAAGGAAACGAAGGCCAAGAAGUCACCUGUCAUUACCAAGUGCGCUAUAAAAGUUGGAGACAAGCUAUUUCCUGUAGUAAAAAAAACGUUGAUUUUCCCGUCUAAGAACAAUCUAAUCACAGUCCACAAUAUUACAAACGUCCAAAAUAUUACGAAAAAUUAUUUGAAAGUGAAUAAGCGGACAGGACAAAUUAUAUCAUCUGUUGGCAACAUUCAUGGACCUAAAAUAAUCCGAUUACCAAGUUCGGUUCAAGUCAAUCAACAGCAAAAUCAACAACAAAACACAAACACAGUUAUUACAAGACAAGAAGUGCCCUUAAGAAGAAAUGAGACGAUAAUAAAAGUUGUUCCACCCGGCAAGCCGAUUCUACUACCGAAGAAAAAGACUGUGCAAGUAACUAUCCCUGUCUCUGAGCAAAGUGAGAGUCCACAGGCGACUAAGCCUAAAUGACUCGAAUACAUAAUAAGGACAGUCUUUCUGGAUCACUGUUAUAUAAGAAUAGAUAAAAGCUGAUCUUAUAUAUAUAACGGUAAUUAUGUUUAUCAGAUAUAAGUUAUGCAUACAAAUUUGUCAUUAAACUAAAUGUUUUAGAUUUGAAGUAUUAUUUCUAAUAAAUAUUUUUAACUGCA